AACACGCAUUGAAUGUAUAUGUCGUACCCGUCUCCGCGUAUACUAUCAGAAGCAGUGAAAGCCGACCUUCGGUAUAUAAUCCAAGGAGGUUGCAGGGACUGGAAUGUUCCAGAAGAUAUCAGACCGGACCCUUGUAUCAUCAGCGCGCAACCAGCGCGUGGGGUUAUGUCAAGGUUACCUCAACGUGAGGUAACACCUGGACUUCCGACCGCCAACCUACUCGGCUGGUCAAGGGCUACUACGUUGUCAUCGGAUCAGCGGACUCAUAUAGAGGAUGCUGGCAUCACCGUCGAUGACUUCGGUGGGGAAGGGAGGUUCUUGCUCAAUCGUGUACUUAUCGAGAAAGUCCACGAUGCGCUGAACAACUCUUUUGUGAAGAUGAAGUUGGGUGGAUCACUUUGUGAGAAGCCAAUGGGAUCGAUAGUUCAGUCGCUACAUUACGAGCGAGACCUUAGCCAACCUUACCACUUCUCGAGGACUCAACAAUACCUAGAGUCCGAAAUUAGAGGCAGUUGUGCACAACAGCUCGAUAGACGAGUUGUGGCGUUUGGCCACAUCUUUGGAUUUCGAUGCCUUAAGAACGGCACGAACGAGCGUGAAGUUAGACACCCGUGGUCAAUAUAUGACUGGGGAAACUACGUAAAUGUGCCGCCUUCGUGGGUUGCAUCCCGCAACACAGUCUUCACUUAUGGGCAUGGUGAUCGGCUUAACAUGGCCGAAUUUGUAACACCUUACUCAGGUCGCGACAAUAUAAGAACAUAAGAUUACAGUCACCCUACAUUGGUGACCCCGACGUUCGAUUUAGAACGCGAUUUUCCGUGUGCAUCAACGUGAACGAGGUAGAAGCCUACUGCCGCCGGCCAAUCGUCAACUGGAAGGGACUGCGUGAAGCCAUCGUCACCGGCGCCUUUUCAGCGAUUUCCAGCCAGAAAACCACCUGUGGCUUCGUCCAGUAGAAUGUCUACAUUUGAGCUAAUGAGGCGUUAGCCGGCUCUGCCAUACCGAAGCCGCAAAGUGCGGCUUAUACUGGCGGUGUUAAAGUAGCGAAACCAGUACGAGGGGAACCUGCUGUGAAAAACCCUUCCAUCACCUUUGGUGGGGAUCAUCAGGAAGGAGGACUGUCCUUCAGGAAGGAGACAACCCACUUAGCCACUGCUCCACUGUGCAAGCCUCACUUGGAGGUGAGUGGAGCAGUGUUUACAGCGGGGGCCACGUGGAGGCGGGGUUGUCAGCAUAUGCACGGGCAUAUGCUCAGUCCCUUGCAGGCUCAUGCGUUGGGUGCAAUGCAUGAGUGUUUUAGUGGACGGUUCGGCCCAUCUCACCUUUCGGUGGGAUGCCUGCGCUGCCGUAUACCGACCAAUGUAAGCCAUGCGAGCCGACUGCCCGCCUACUCGCGCGCUUUCAUUGCUUCUUUGGCGAACUUUAGCAGGGAGUUGAUUAUUGGCGGCUCGGUAAGCCUCCUCAGGUCACACGGCCACGGGAGGUGUGUGGCUUCGUCCACGUGGAAGACGACGCUGGCUCCGAAGAUUCCCAGCACAAUUCCUGGACGGCCUGCUGCCUGCUGAGGUAAAGCGCGAAGCCACCGCCACCGGCGCCUUCUCGACACCUGUCCGCCCGUAACCAUACCGUCCGGAGACCGCAGGAUUCCCUGGGGCCCGGAAGAUCGGGUGAUACGCAGUUGCGGACGGAAUCUACGCCACCGGUGCAUAUUCGGCGAGGUAUCGCCUGUAAUUUCACCGUCCGAAGCACUCGGAACUCACCGAGAUCCCGGAAACGCGCGUGUCGAAUGUAAUGCUGUGAUUCAGCACUUUUGCGCGGUAUGGCGGCCAUCUUGCCAUGACUCAGCACCUUUGCGCGGUGCAGCGGCCAUUUUGUUAUAACGUGUGUACACCGCUCUCCUAAAAUGCCCACGUUUUAUCGUGAGGACCCGGCCAUUGUGAGAGACUUAAUUAUGAAGGUGCCGCGCCCACCUAAUAUAGAUACCGAUAUUUUAUGAAAUAUCUGGUGAAAUGAUCCGCCCAUACAUUCCCACGGCAUACUAGCCACUUGCCCGAGCACUGUGUUGCCCCGGAUGGUCGAUUUGAUCACGUCCAUUUGGACAUUGUUGGCCCGCUGCCCGUGUCGGACGGGUACAGUUAGUGUUUAACGGUCAUUGACCGAGUCUCCCGUUGGGUUGAGACUGCUCCUUUGCGGAACACUUCGGCGCAGUCAGUGGCAAAAGCGUUCUUCAUAACAUGAGUGUCGCGCUACGGGGCUCCCAAGGUCAUUACUACGGACCAAGGAGCCCAGUUCGAGUCCCGACAGUUCUCAGCCCUGCUGUCGCUAAUCGGAUGUGUGGGAGAUCCUGGUCCGGCGAGAUUUGCGCCGACCACCAUAAAUGUAAAAUUCGAUGUACAUAGUAGCCCAUAAGUCAAUUAUAAGCGUUCGGGACAUUAUCUCGUUAGAAUUAGUGCGCUGUAAAAUGUAAAGUUUUUAUUAAUAAAAUGUGUACGUUCACA